AUGGCCCCGUACGAUAGCGAUUCGUCUGCCGGCGAAGAAGAUGAAUUUACCGAGACUAACGUACUUCUUGGAUAUGCAUCAAGAGACGCUGGUGAUGAUUUUAUAAGUCGAUUAGGUGGCCGUCCGGAAUGGUUAGACUCGAAUAAUGCGCCAUCGGCUGCUCUCGCGAGAUGCAAGAUAUGCAAGGAUCUUAUGGUCCUACUCCUACAGCUAGACGGUGAACUACCGAUUCGCUUCCCCGGCCAUGAGCGCCGACUAUACGUCUUCUCCUGCCGGCGGAAAACAUGUCGUCGAAAAGAAGGCAGUAUUCGCGCUCUACGAAGCGUACGAAUAGCUCCUGGAAGCGCAACAGCCGCUGCAACUGCUACAACUAAGGAAGAGAAGACAAAGCCGAAAGAAGAAAAGCCAAAAUCGCAACCGCCAUCCAAUCUAGGAGAGACACUCUUUGGCGCCCAGGCGCUCGGCUCCCCAUUCGGCUCCACAAACCCAUUUUCCACAUCUACUACAUCCUCAGCCGGAGGUAAUCCAUUCGCUACUAGCGAAAACCCCUUCAGCACUCCCUCAUCGCCUCCACCUUCUACGGAGACAAAACCCGAACCCAAGCCAGAAUCCUCCGCACCAUCUAUCAACACACCCACAGACGAUAUCAAAUCCCUACCUCGGACCUUCGCCCAAACCCUCAACCUAAACAACAACCAACAAACCCCCUCCCCUCCACCCCCCUCAGAGCCCUGGCCCAUCGAAGCCGACCAACCAACCCCCUACCCAAUCGCCUACCUCUCCGAAGCCGAGUACGAGACCCUAGACCCGACCCCCGCGCCCAGCAUCCCGCAAAACACGCGCCUGGUCGACGUCGACGACAACGACGGAAAAAAAGGCGGCAAAGAAGACCGCGAAGUCUUCGAGUCCUCUAUGGACGCCGCCUUCCAGCGCUUCGCAGACCGCCUGGCGCAGAACCCAGAACAAGCGAUCCGGUACGAGUUCGGCGGGCAGCCGCUGCUGUACUCGAAGACGGACGCUGUGGGGAAGCUGUUCGCGACGCCUGGGACGGGGGUGGUGACGACGGCGGCGAAUGGAAUGCCGCGGUGUGGGAAUUGUGGUGCUGCGCGGACCUUUGAGGUGCAGAUGACGCCGCAUGCGAUUACGGAGUUGGAGGCUGAUGAGUUAUCUCUUGAGGGUAUGGAUUGGGGUACUGUUAUUGUUGGAGUGUGCGAGAAGGACUGUCAGGCUCGUGGUGUGUCUGAAGGUGAGGUUGGAUACCUUGAGGAAUGGGCUGGGGUGCAGUGGGAGGAAUUGACUGCUACGGGUGCUAAACGAUAG